ACUACACUACUGUAUUUUAAUGUUGUCAUUAUGGUGGUACUUGAUGAAUACUUAGGUCUACUACACUACUGUAUUUAAUGUUGUCAUUAUGGUGGUACUUGAUGAAUACUUAGGUCUACUACUUAGACAGCAUUGACAGGUGAAGGUGUGUGCAGGUGACAGGUGAAGGUGUGUGCAGGUGACAGGUGAAGGUGUGAGCAGGUGUCAUGGUGGACACAGAGGUUGUAGACUGAAAGAGCAGAGAAGACCAAUGAGGUCAUGUGACCAGCAGCCAUUGCUAGCAUGGAUGAUGACUGUGCAGAGGGCGACAUGUGAUGCUAAGCUAACAGCGUACCUGGCGUAAUGUCGAACGUUUCUUGGGCAGGAUGUGGUCAGUCUCUCUUCCUGAGUCCAGGUCGACGGCGACCACGGCCUCCCUGAUGAAAGGCAAAGAAGAAACAUGUCCGCUGGCGAGGAGUGAGGGGGCGGGUCUUACCUCCUCCAGUCGGUGUCGUACGGCCACCAGCUCCAAGCACUGCACUCUGCCACUUCCUGUCACCUGUCACUCACCAAACACAGCUGCUGGCGCUCCAGGUCAAAGCCUGCGUUUCUCCAGCUGGUUUGCCGUACGUGUAGCCCCUCCACCCCCAAAGAAGCACCCGCCGCGCAGGGGCGCCCGGUCCACGACGCGCUCCCGGCACUGUCCGGCCUCCCCCCUGGCCACCACCUGGUCGAUCUUCUCCUCGAUGAGGUUGCACUCCUGCGGCGUGAAGAUGCUCUUCUGCAGGAUGCUGCUCUUCACCCGAGGUCGGCGCCGCUCUCGCACUCGCCGUCGUCGUACUCGCGGUGCAGGCAUUUCCGCCCGCUCCCGUUACCCGUCUCGUGCUCGUCCCUGUGCGGCGGCACCGACCUCGGCUUCUCCCUGAGGUCGGCGUAACCACCGGCCAUGUCUGCCGUCACUCCCGGCGUCCAGUGCAGUUUGUGUGUGACGUCCACUCCAGGCAGGCUGCUGUACAUGACCCCGGACGACACAAACAUGCCGAGGACGCUGCCGAGGGUCCAAAGGCCGACGGCGAGACGCAGCAAGAAGACGCUCCUGCUGUGCACGCCAGGUGUUGAAUGACCUUCACAGUGACCUUCCAGAGACACGUGGCAGGAAGGCACAUCCCGGUCACCAUGGCGACCAUGACAGCACGCUUGGCACGUCUGCGGCGGGGUCACCUGCGCAGAGGCGUGGUCACGUGACUGCAAUUAGCGCCGUCAGUGGGAGGCCUGUUGUCAUGGCGACGAGCGGCUCAGCUGACUCAAACAUUGAAGAGCGUCGGGUACACCUGCGAGUGUGUGUGUGUGUGUGUGUGUGUGUGUGUGUGUGUGUGUGUGUGUGUGUGUGUGCGUGUGUGUGUGUGCUCUCUACCAGGACAUGACCCUACACCUGUUGUAGUGCCUUUGAGCAGCAGCAGGAUGACGUCCAACACCCAGGUGAACACCAUGGAACACCUGCCCAGUGGUCUGAGGGUCUGCUGCACCAUCCCUGACAUCUUCUACCUGCCCGAACUGGUGUUUGGUGGUCUGGUGUGGGUUCUGGUGGCAUGUACACAGGUGGUCCCAGAGAACCCCCAAGGUUGGGUGAUGAUGGUUUCUGUCUUCUGCUUCGUCUUCACCUUCCUGUGGAUGAUGAUGUUUACAUGUGGAUGUCAUUCCAACAAGAGCAGCUGGGCGGCAGCAGACUUUGUGUAUCAUUUCAUCGCCACCGUCUUCUACCUGAGCGCCUCUGUGGCCUUGGCCAAGGUCACGCUGGACAUGAGGGACAAUGGCCGCCUGCAGGACUACCAGCUGGACAUCUCAGCCGUGGUCUUCUCAUACGCCACAACGCUGCUCUACUUCGUGCACACCCUCUUGUCAGCCGUCAGGUGGAAGUCCUUCUAGAAUCUUCCAACCUGGGGGGGACUAUCAAGGGUGUCCUAACUUUUUACACUGAGAAAAAUGAAAACAUGCGGGAAGGAACCAUUUUGAUAUUUUUCAUUUACAAAAUAAACACAAAAUGUAGAUUUUUUUUUACUUUAGGGCUCCCCUCAAGUAGUAGACCUAAGUAUUCAUCAAGUACCACCAUAAUGACAACAUUAAAAUACAGUAGUGUAGUAGACCUAAGUAUUCAUCAAGUACCACCAUAAUGACAACAUUAAAUACAGUAGUGUAGUAGACCUAAGUAUUCAUCAAGUACCACCAUAAUGACAACAUUAAAAUACAGUAGUGUAGUAGACCUAAGUAUUCAUCAAGUACCACCAUAAUGACAACAUUAAAAUACAGUAGUGUAGUAGACCUAAGUAUUCAUCAAGUACCACCAUAAUGACUACAUUAAAAUACAGUAGUGUAGUAGACCUAAGUAUUCAUCAAGUACCACCAUAAUGACUACAUUAAAAUACAGUAGUGUAGUAGACCUAAGUAUUCAUCAAGUACCACCAUAAUGACAACAUUAAAAUACAGUAGUGUAGUAGACCUAAGUAUUUAUCAAGUACCACCAUAAUGACAACAUUAAAAUACAGUAGUGUAGUAGACCUAAGUAUUCAUCAAGUACCACCAUAAUGACAACAUUAAAAUACAGUAGUGUAGUAGACAUAAGUAUUCAUCAAGUACCACCAUAAUGACAACAUUAAAAUACAGUAGUGUAGUAGACCUAAGUAUUCAUCAAGUACCACCAUAAUGACAACAUUAAAAUACAGUAGUGUAGUAGACCUAAGUAUUCAUCAAGUACCACCAUAAUGACAACAUUAAAGUACAGUAGUGUAGUAGACCUAAGUAUUCAUUAAGAACAAGGCAGGGGUUUUACUUAACAAGUGUAUUUCAUAAUUCUGGCCACAGAACAGACAGUUUGAACAGUAACACUAUGUUUGAAUAUAGGAAAAUAAAACACUGUACUUUAACAAGUGAUUCUUUGGCCUGCCACUAGAUGGAGCCUGUGUACCACCAGUGGUGCCCGUGCCACCGUUUGAAAAUCGCCGUUCAAGAUCAACUUCAAAUCUGUCGAUUAUUAUUAUUUUAUUUUUUUACUUUUGUGCCCUUUUUGUUCAAGAAAAUCCUGUUUUUUUUUAUGGCAAAAGCAUGAAAUAUGCAAUAUUUUCCUCCAGGAAAUGUUCCAAGUGGAAAAUUGGACACGCAACCAUUGGAGCCUUGACUCUGUCAAUAAUUCAUAGCAACACUGAUUUUGAUUCAUGAUGAUUUUUUGAGUAAUGACUGUUUAAAAAAAUAAUAAUAAUCCCACUAAAAUUCUGAAGGAUCCAAAAAAGUCCGUCUAGAAAUCAAUCAUAGUGUACAUUGUUUUGUUUUUCUUUUUUGACUUUCAACGCUUCAAUAUUUAUGUCAACUUCCAGUCUGGCUGUCCAUUAAA